CUUCUCAGAAAUCCAGGCAACGAUGCCCAUAUAAAGGUAGUCUAGUUUUCAGCUUCGCACGGACUGUUUAAAUAUCAAUUUCGGUAUCAGUAUAAUUUAUAAAAUCUUAAGCGCAGAUGUGGAUGUUUCAUAGUUAGUAUGACCUGCUGUUUAUGUGAGGUAGAGGGUGAGAUAUUUAUUGUCACAGAAAUGCGCUCACGUUUGUGCUCAGCAGUUUGGCAAUAACAUGUCGUCCACUGAGGCUGCCAGGGAGUUCCAAGCCAAAGAGCGCAAAUUCAGAAAUCAGCUGAAGAAGCGAUUGGCAAAUGCACUGUCAGGAGAUCUGAACAGGCUGCUGCAUGAGGAGCAGGAGACUGACGUCACCCUGUGUGUGGGUUCUGCUGUUCGGCUUAAGGCCCACAGAGCAGUGCUGCUGGCCCGAGCUCCUCACCUCCUGCAGGGAACCGGGCCAACUACACCUGUCAUCCAACUGCAGGGGAUUGAACCUGCAGCACUCAAAGAGUUUAUGCAGAAAGUGUACACUGAAGACAAGUGCCUGGGGAAGGAGAAUAGCACCUUAAAUACACACAAUGGCCACCCACCGGUAGUGAAUGGUACCUCUGAAGACAGCCAAUAUAUCAAAUCUAAGGUCAGCUCUGACCGAGGUUCAGAGCAUUUAGAGCCAGCCACAGGGCUUGGGGCAGAUCUUUUGACUCUUUUUCAGAGGGGUGAUAUGUCUGACAUCAGCAUCCAGGUGGCAGAUAGAGUCUUUUCAGCACACAGGGCCAUUCUGUGUGCACGCUCGCAGUAUUUCCGAGCAAUGUUGUGUGGCAGUUGGAUGGAGAGUUUGCGUCAUUGUAUCACUCUGCAGGGUCUGGGUCCAGAUGAGAUGGAGAUUCUGCUUUAUUUCAUGUAUGGUGCCAUCAUAGACCUUCCUCCAGGAACCAAUGUCAGUCAGGUUGUGUUAGCAGCAGACAUGCUGGGCCUGGAGGGGCUGAAAGACGUGGCUGAGAUGGUCCUAACCCGGGACUACUGCUGCUUUUUCCCAAAGCCUGUUGAUGGAGUUCAGAGAUCCAUACUGGAGUGCCUUGCCAUUACCCACUCAAUAGGCCUGCAUGAUCUCUACCACUCUUGUGUGAGAUGGGUCGCUGAGCAUUUCGUGAAGUGCUGGUCAGAAAGGAAUUUUGCCCUGCUCCCUCCAGAACUACAAAGAGAGUGCCUCAAAACUGUCACCAAAAACAUGACGGUGCAGAGUGUGAUAUCUGUGCUGUGUGGCAGCGAGCAGCUGAUUGGCAGCCUCCCGGAGGUGAAAUGGGCAAAGCAGGUGCUCAGUCUGGCCAAUGAACUGCAAGAAGAAUGUCUGCAGAUGAUUGUCACACACCUGCCCCAGGUCACGCAUACCGCUGCCUUCCACAACCUCAGAAAGAGAGAAGAGUUCACACGUGACCCCACUCUACUGAGGAAGGUGUGUGGAGCCGUGCGAGAGUGUAUAACUGUGGAGAACUGCUGUGACCUCUUCACUGCCAUGGAUCAGCUGAGUGGUGACCCAACAGAUGUAGACAGUCUGUCUGAUGACAAAGCCAAUCAAGACGAAGUGGAGCCAUUCAGGCGUGAGCUGUGUCUGUUGCGCACGAGGCUCUGGACCUUCCUGCUUCAGUCCUUCUUUGCAGUGCGACACACACAAGGAUGGGACACGCUACAACCCAGAUUUCGGGAAAAAAUACUUGCAGCUGCUCUUGAUAAAGGCGACUGCAAAAGACUUGGAAAAAAACCUGUGCUCACUAGCUCUCAGAAGCCUGCAAAAUGCCUCUCAGGCUUUUCAUCUCCAUGUGAUAGUCCUACUCACUGUCCCAUUAAGGUAUCACAGGGUCCACGUGCUUCCCCUGCAAGACUUGUAGCUGCAGCAUCAGGCACCAUGAAGUCUGAUGCUCUGGGGCCAACAGCUCACACGGCUCCUGGUGGAAAAACAACAGCUAGUAAAAAUGUUUCACUACAAAGCAAGAAUGAUAAAGUUAAGUUAACUCAUACAUCCGCUAAAACCAAGACUGCAUCCCCUGUUAAACCAGUGUUGAAUGGCACUGGUGGUUCAGGCACUCAGAGAGAGAAUUCCACCACUUUAGGUGCCCGUGGAUCGUCCACAGGGAAGGUAGUGCUGGACAGGAAGCCCAACCCUGGAGCAAGGCCAAAGUCUUCCCCUGCUGAUCUUGUGGGUGGCCAGGCUAAAGCAGGAAAAGUCCAGAAAAGGACAACAUCAGGGAAAGAUUUGCCUCAGGAAUCAGCCACUGACAGCACCAGCAAUGCCCAACAUGUCCAGAAUACCCCCUCCAACUCUGGCAGCACCUCACCAGACAACAGCACUGGGAGUCCUCGUGACAAUGGCCACAGUACAACCACAGGUCUCAGGUCUAAACUUCAAGCCAAGGCAACAACAAAAUCUUCUCUGACCAAACCUGCACAGAAACCAGACAUUGACACAUCUAGCAGCCCCACAAAUAAAGCAAACAAGGCUAAACCCACCACAGCCAAACAAGCAGGACCUGGAAUUCCUGCAACUCGCUCAGAUCCAAAGAGCAGGGCCACAGUCUCAGGGCUUGCAGAGAACAAUGCUUCAUCCAGACCUGGAUCAGCCCUUAGCUCUAGAAAGCCUGCCUCCCCCAGAAAAGAAGUAGAGAAAGAUAUGUCUAAACCUUCAACCACUAAGAAAACGACAAAAGCCAUCCGUGAGUCGCCCAGCAUCAAAGCUCCCACGUCUUCCUCCAAGCAGUCGCUCACCACCACAAACAAAGCAGGACCCAAACAGAAAGCCUCAGAAAUAUCUGCAACAAAAUCAUCUCCAAAAUCAGUGGGAACAUUCAAAAACUCAACUUCUGCUGUCUAUAAAAAGCCAGUGGCUGCUGUGAAAGAUUUGGUAUCUAGCCCUAAACACUCGGAAUCUAAAAAAGUAUCUCAGCAGUCAAAUCCAACUUCUACUAAAGGUAAGGCAAAAGGCCCAGAAAUGACUUCAUCUUGUGUGGAGAGUUCCACAGCUCCUUUAUCUCUAGAGCAGAAUUCACUACUCAGCCCAGCCGUACUACAGCCAGAAGCAGUGCAGGAAUCAGUCCCCCAAGCUACAACAACAACUUCCACGAAGGGUCAUGAUUUGGAGAAAAGCAGUAAUCCACUGAGUAAACUAAGCACUACAGAGGAGAUGAUUAAGUCAGUGACCCCAGAAACACAAAACUAUGUGAACUCUGUAAAAACAGAUACUUCUGGACAAUGUGAGGUGAGUGAAAGUAAAUUUGUGUCCAGCCAUGCCAUUCCUCCCCAUCUCUCUAGACCAGAACAGGGCCUCAAUUCCAACUCUUCAAAGGAUUCCGACCUCCCUCCCGAUACACCUUGCAAUCUAGGUAGCAUUGAGACGCCCCUAGAGGACUCGUGGAAUGGGCUUCAUCCUCAGGUUAGCCCUGAGUCAGAGUCUGUCAGUGCCACCACCUCUUCUGAUGACAUAAAGCCACGGUCAGAGGAUUAUGAUGCUGGUGGCUCGCAGGAUGAUGACUGCUACUCUCAUGAGCGUGGCGUUUCUAAGUGCGGGACAAUGCGCUGCUCAGACUUCCUGGGUCGGAGCAGCAGUGACACCAGCACACCAGAGGAGCUCAAGAUGUACGAGAGCGGCACUGGACUACAUGUGGAGGUGCGGCUUAGAGGACGAGAGGUAGAAACUACAAGUGAAGAAGAGGGGGGGCGUCAGAGACCACGAUCAUGGAUUAGAAAGGAUGAGGUGCCAGUGGAGGAGGAACCCUGCGAAAUGGAUACCACAGCAACAAAUAUGAAGAGUGCACAGGACCACCGGCUUUUCUCCUCCUCCUCUGAGGAGGAGGAAACUGAAGAUGAAACAUCUGAAGUUGAGGUACUGCCAAGAGGAAUGGCUCCCCCAGUAGAACCAUCUUCACAGUUUCAAGGUAUUGUUAACCUGGCAUUCGAAGAUGCUGUGGACCAAGAGAAUGAGCAGCUAGAGUACCAGUCAGCUUCUAACUUCCGCCGUUCUAUUUUGCUCUCUGUGGAUGAGUGUGAAGAGCUUGGAUGUGAAGAAGGAGGUGCCCAGACUCCACCACACCAGUCAGGUGAUUCCUUGACACAUGGUGACGUUUUUGACAGUGAACCACACAACUCCCAGACCGACUACAGCUCCCAACAUUUAACAAGCACAGUGAGCGGCAGCCAUAUCUCUAACCACCAGGAAAAUGCACAGGAUCCCAAACCUGCGGUAUUCCUGACAAAAGUCCGGGAAUCUCCACAGGAAAAUUGUGCGCAUAAUCAGUCAGAUGCCCCCGUGCAAGACAGAGACAUCAGUGAACUACCUGCUCAGGAGCGUCCCAGUCACCUUGACCUGCGGCUGGCAGAGCAAUAUGACAGUCUGCAAGCCAAGCAUAUAGACAGCAAAAAAGCUGACUUACGGCUAGACUUAACUGAGCCGCAGCUGACUGCGUGCUCCCUUGCACACUCUCCAGCAGGGGACAUUGAUGGUUGUGACACAUUGGAUCAAACCUGUACACAUGACAGACGGCCGUCUAAAGCCCUAUCCCCCAUUUUUGAGAUGGACGUGGGAGAAGCCCUUGAGCAAAGCUUGGACACGGACAGGAGCAAUGACCAAAAGCAGGAGAAGUCACACUGGAAUAGCAAAGCUAUAGAGACAGAGGGAGUUAAAGAGGAAGUGGAGAACGAUGACAGUAAGUUUGCAGAAAGAGACUGGGUCCUGCUUCGACAGCUAAUGUCUGACCAAGAGUCAAAUCUGGGCAUCAUAAACUCUGUUCCAGAGGAUUUAAACCUUGCACAGUACCUGAUCAAGCAGACGCUGUCCCUGUCUCGAGACUGCUUGAAUGAACAGGAUUACCUUUAUCAUGAGAAGGACACAUUUAAGCGCUGGGCUGAGCUUAUUUCUCCACUGGAGGACUCCACCACCAGCAUCACUGUGACUAGCUUCUCUCCCGAGGAUGCUGCUUCUCCACAGGGGGAGUGGACCAUUGUGGAACUGGAAACACAUCACUGACAGAGGCAGUAAUGCAGGGUCUCCUGGUCUGGAUUACAGACUGGACUCUGGAUUACUGUAUCCUUUCCUCCUUUCUGUGCUUAUUUGUUUUGGGAAAAAGACAAUUCAUUUGCAGCUUAACCUUUGUUGGCUUACGUAGAAGUCAUUUUGUACUCAUCAUAAAGGUACUAUAUGAAGGACUAACCUCAGUGCAGUUGUUUUGCAUGUGGGCAAUUUUCUAAGUUAUUGUUUACUUGAUUGUUGUUGCUUGAAUCUUUGUAGGAUACCAAAAAUGCAUUUUUCUUGUUGCUCUUUGUGUCUUUGAAUGAUGAAACUUAUAAAAUGUUUUGAACAAAGUGUAAAGAGUAUGUACAUGUUUCUGGUUUACAUUCAUUGUUGUAUUUAAAACAAUAAAACCUGUGUUGUAUGAA